UGUAGAGCAUGUGCUCGUUUGGUAGAUGAAAGAACUGGAGGAUUGGAAAGAAGAGUGGACAAAGAAUGAGAGUAGAGUGACUGUUGCAGCACAUCUUGUAGGAUCAUCAGUCGCUUGGUAUACUAUAUCAGGUGUGAUAACCUACUGGCAAACAAGCAGUCCAUCAUUCUUACUGGGUGCCAUCACAUACAGCAAUGGAGCUCUUACAAUUCCAUCUGAUGGUGUUUACUAUAUUUAUACACAUCUCUACUUAAAUGCCAAAAAUGGCAAUCACAUUCAACCUUACAUCAGAGUAAAUGGCAAUCUUGUCUUGUACAUUACAAGCUCCCAUUAUCACGGUGAAUCCAAAUCCAAGCACGCUGGUCUACUUCAGCAGCUGAAAAAAGGUGAUAGCGUUGACAUAUAUGGUGGAGGAUAUCGACACCUCAUGGGCUCUACUCAUUCAGUUUUUGGUAUUUUUAAGAUCGACUAGAAGCAUGUUGUUGAGAAUGAGAAUGUCAAUUAAUUAAGUGAUAAGUGUGAGUGUCAAAUGACUCUCCAUGUGAUCAUGUUUAAUUGUAAUUGUAGUUGUGACUGUGUAUGUUGGACUGUAGUGUGACCAUUCAACCCUAACUUUUGUUUGUUUCAUUUCUGUUUAGUUCCAUUUCUAUAUUAUUAGCAAUAAAUGUUCAUCUCUUUGUCUCAU